AUGUACCAGGCGUUGUUGGUUUUGUCUCUGAUAUGCUUUUCGUCGGCUAAUUUUGUUAAGCUGCGAAGCAACGCUGGUAUGUUUUAUGAUACUAUGGCUGGAGUUCCACGUUCAGAUGAAGAGUUCUGGUUGCGUUUGGAUAUUAACCAAGGUCUCUCUUGGACUCUGGAUAGUAGCUACUACUCCUGUAAUGGCUCAAAUGUUUCGUCUUCCCUGUGUUUCAAUUCUGCUCAAAACGUUUACGAUGCUUCCAAUAGUCCAACUGCAGAUUUCGUUGAUGUCUACGCAAACACAACUGUAAACAAUACAGAUGAGGCAUCGGCCGAGAGAGUAAAUCUUACAAACAACUUAUUUGCUGAUGGCGUUUAUAUGGAAGACAAUUUUUACGUCACAUUGAAUAAUGGAGCAAGAAUGACUGCUACAGAUCUGAAAUUUUUGAAUGCCCACAAUAGUAGCGCCGCUGUGGGGUCUUUGGCGUUGGGGAGUUACACCUCACAGGACGUGCCAACUUUCUUACAAAGACUCCAAAGCGGUGGUCUUAUUGAAUCCAACUCGUUUUCAUUGGCAUUAAACGAAAUCGAUUCUUCAUAUGGAGAGCUCUAUUUGGGGACAAUAAACUCUACCAAGUAUGUCGAGCCUCUGGUAGAAUUCGAUUUUAUUCCGGUGUCAGAUCCCAAUGGAGUUUUUGGAUUCGAUUGGGAAGAUACAUUCCCUACAGUUCCGAUCAGCGGAUUAAGCAUGUCUUCGAAUGACAAACAGAGAACUGUCUUUUUCCCCAAUGAGUGGAACAACACGGUCUUAACGGGAACAUACCCACUUCCAAUGAUGUUAGAUUCAAGAAACAUCUUUAUCCAUCUUCCAUUCUCUUCAAUCAUACAUAUAGCAGUGCAGCUUAAUGCACUGUAUCUUGAUACACUUCAUAAAUGGGCCGUGAACUGUUCUGUUGGUCAACUGGACGCAACUUUAAACUUUCACAUGGGUAACCUUACCGUUCAUGCUCCUAUCAAGGAGUUGAUUUAUCCAGCAUACCAAGGAGACAAAAGGCUGAGCUUUGCUAAUGGAGAAGAUGUUUGUAUUCUUGCCAUGGCUCCUGAUGUUUACAUUGGUUAUCCACUGCUAGGAACCCCCUUUUUAAGGAAUGCAGUGGUUGCCGUUAAUCAUGAUUCAAAAAAGGUCGCCGUUGCCAAUCUUAAUAGAGAUAGCAUUCCUCCCGCUUCGAACGUUUCUGUUUCGGAAUCAAUGGGAGUUUAUGUUCCUCCACCUGUUUCAACUUCAAGAACAUCGGAGAGACCGUCCACACUAGAUGAGACUAGUACAGCCAAUUUUGACAAAAGGGAAGAGUCUGCAAUAUCAUCAAGUUCAGUCACUAACAGCUCGUCUAGAAAUUCUUCAACCAUAACUUCUUCAGGAACUCAAACCGAGCAAACAUCAGGCAUAGCUACCAUCGAAACAGAUAGCAUACCAGGAGCUCUAGGGAAUAAUUUAACUGAUUAUUCAACGCUGACUCUAACAAUAUACACCAAUUCCGAAGUGGACGAACUCAAUCCUAACAUAGCAACAGCAUUCAUUUCCAAUGGUUCUAUUUAUUCAGAGCCUUACCCCUUUUCCGGAACUGCAGUUGCUGAAUCAUUCAGUGCAUCACCUUCACAGGCUGAAGGAUCGAACUCAUCGUCCUCAGGAUCUUCUUUAGUUUUGUGUUUCUUUACAUCAUUGGCCAGUCUGUUGACUGUGAGCUGUCUACUACUGUAA